GGGUGCGGCGAGCUGGAGUGGGCGGAGUGAUCUGAGCACCCACCUCCGGUAGGCAGAGCUGUCCGCGGGUGGGCCGUACCGGCGGGGAGGGCAUGGUGCCGCCAGGGCUACGAGUGCUGGGCAGUACAGCCGGUUUGGUGCUCCGUUCAGCGGCUACCUGGACGUGCGCGGCAAGCAGAGCAGGCCGGAAGGCAGCAGCGUGUGUCAGGGCCCGCAGCUUCAGCAGCGCCGCUGUAGCCAUGGCUCCGAUCAAGGUGGGAGAUGCCAUCCCCUCAGUGGAGGUUUUUGAAGGGGAGCCUGGAAAGAAGGUGAACCUCGCAGAGCUGUUCAAGGACAAGAAAGGGGUGCUGUUUGGAGUCCCUGGUGCAUUUACACCUGGCUGUUCUAAGACCCACCUGCCUGGGUUUGUGGAGCAAGCUGGAGCUCUGAAGGCCAAGGGAGUGCAAGUGGUGGCCUGUCUGAGUGUUAAUGAUGUCUUCGUGACCGAAGAGUGGGGUCGAGCCCACAAGGCGGAAGGCAAGGUUCGGCUCCUGGCUGACCCCACUGGAGCCUUUGGGAAAGAGACAGAUUUGUUACUGGAUGAUUCUUUGGUGUCUCUCUUUGGGAAUCGCCGGCUGAAGAGGUUCUCCAUGGUGAUAGACAAUGGCAUAGUGAAGUCACUGAACGUGGAACCAGAUGGCACAGGCCUCACCUGCAGCCUGGCCCCCAACAUCCUCUCACAGCUCUGAAGGUGGCUAGAUAAUGGUCCUCUACCCCUCCCAUCUCUCUCACUUAGCCCUGGGCCAAAUGAGCUAGCGCCCCCUCAUGGGGUGGGGGGCACUUAACUAGAACCUUCACCGUAUUUCUGCAGUAAACAAUCUAAUUUGUG